CUCGUGGCCACAGUACCGAUAGACAAACAGGUGACAUGGGUCGGUACUACCGGGUAUGGAGCCCAAGCAGUGGGACGUUCCGCAAGGCACUGCUUGUGGCGCUUGUGAUGGCUGUCUUCAUGGCACCCAUUCCCGACUGUGACGAGGUGUUCAACUACUGGGAGCCGCUCCACUACCUCAUCCAUGGCACCGGUCUGCAGACAUGGGAGUACGCCUCGCAGUAUGCCCUCCGCUCGUAUGCUUAUCUCCUGGCUCAUGCGCCACCUCUGGCUCUUCCUCUGGUGCUUAAUGCUACUAUUGGCUUGGGAUCGCUCGCUGAUGGCCGUCACUACCCUUCGGCUCCUGUGGCUGACUCGGCAUGGGCUCCCGUCUGGACACGCUCGCUCCCGGGUGAUGCCAACGUCAAGCUCCUGCAGUUCUUUGCCCUCCGCCUGGUUCUUGUCAUUCUUGCCAUAUACGUUUUCUCGGCAUUGUACUAUGUCCUCGCGCAGCGGCUGCGUUUCUCCCACAUUCCGAUCUUUGUCCUCGUCUUUAUGGCCCUCGCCCCGGGCCUCUUCCUCGCUGUCCCGGCCUUUGUUCCCUCAUCAACUGCCAUGGUCGCGCUCACUGCCGCAUACGCCGCGUUUCUGGAUCGCCGCGAGGCGCUAGCGGUGGCGCUUGUCGGUGUCGCCGGCCUUGUUGCCUGGCCCUUUGCCGCUUGGGCCGGCGUUCCCAUCGCGCUGCACAUGAUGUUCCUCGGCCCGUCGCCGCUACCGAUUGUCCGCCGCGUCGUCAAGUUUGUCGGCUUUGCUCUCCUCGCCGGCACCGUGCUCAUCGGCCUCCUUCUUGCCAUUGACUCGUCGUUCUACGGGUCUCCGGUCCUCGCCCCGCUCAACAUUGUGAUGUACAACGUGCUCGCCACCGCUGCCUCUGGCGGCGGCUCGGAGCUCUACGGUACCGAGCCGUGGCACUACUAUAUCCGCAACGGCAUCGUCAACUUUAACCUUGCAUUUGUCCUCGGCCUGCUUGGUCCGUUCCUCACUGUCCUCCCCGGCUGGCUCAGCCACUACAACCUUGUCUGCGGCCCGUCCCCGGCGUUCCGCUCUCGGCUCGCGGCGUACUUGUGGUCGAUCUGGGCCUGGCUCGGCCUCAUGCUCGCCCAGCCGCACAAGGAGGAGCGGUUCCUCUACCCGAUCUAUCCCGCGCUCUGUGUGUCGGCAGCUGUGACGCUUGCCUGCGGCGCAUCGCUCCUCGACAGUGUGCUGGCCAAGUGCAGCGGCGACGGUGACGCCGGCAGCAGCGCCGAUGACGACGACGGCAAGGCUGCGUUUGUCACCCGCGCCUCGCUCACUUCGACGCUGGUGUGGAUGAUCUUGGCGCUCUUUGCCCUGCUCGCUGUCUCGCGGUCGGUGGUGAUGGUGGUGGGCUACGGUGCGCCGCUCGAGGUCUACACCCAUCUUGCCAACACCGAGUUUGAUCCGGCGUUCCGCGCCGCGCUUCCGGUCAACGCCUCGGUCGCCGUCUGCGUCGGCAAAGAGUGGUACCGCUUCCCGUCCCACUUUUUCUUCCCGGACGCCCGUUUCGCGCUCCAUUUUAUCGACGGUGGCUUUGGCGGCCUUCUCCCGCAGGCGUACGCGCCCCUUCUCGGUACGUUGCCGUCGACAACUGUGCCUACGUGGUCGAUCUAG